AUGGCAGAUAUAAGAGCAUUGAAGCAAGCACAGGAGUUUGUCGACUUUGUCAAUGAUUCACCAACACCAUAUCAUGCGGUGAACACGGUUAAAAUUGGAUUGCGUAAAGCUGGAUUCAAAGAGAUCCAAGAGAGAUCCAACUGGAAAGACUCUCAAUUGAGCAAAGGAGGAAAGUAUUUUGUCACCAGAAAUGGAUCCUCGUUGAUUGGAUUUACUAUUGGAGACAAGUUUGUCAAUGGAAACGGGAUUUCUAUUGUGGGAGCCCAUACCGAUUCCCCAUGCCUUAGAAUCAAACCUAUUUCUAAGAAAAAUAGUGAAGGAUUUAUUCAAGUUGGUGUUGAGCAAUACGGAGGGCUCAUUGCCCACUCUUGGUUCGAUAGAGAUUUGUCUAUUGCAGGAAGGGUCUAUGUGAACGACACUAAAACCGGACAAUACGUUCCAAAAUUGAUCAAGAUCGACAAACCUCUUUUGAGGAUCCCUACGUUAGCUAUCCAUUUGAACCGCGAUGUGAACACCAAGUUUGAGUUCAAUAAGGAAACCAAGUUGGUUCCAAUAGCUGGACAGGUUGCAUUGGAUAAAAACGAGGCUGAAAGUUCCAAGAGCCCAAAAAGCUGUGCAGACGACCCAGAUUUACAGUUAUCUCCAGAACAAUUUGAAUCGGUUCAGUCGGUGAUCCAAAGGCACAACAAAUCUUUGAUUGAGCUCAUUGCAAAAGAAUGUGAUGUUGAGCCCGUCCAAAUCGAGGAUUUUGAAUUAGUGUUAUUUGACCACCAAAAAUCAACUCUUGGAGGAUUAAAUGACGAGUUUAUUUUUUCCCCAAGAUUAGAUAACUUGACCUCGUGCUACUGUGCCAUGGACGGGUUGAUUAGAUCAAGCGAGAAUUUAUCAGAACAAAAAGGUAUUCAAUUGAUUUCUUUGUUUGAUCAUGAAGAAAUUGGGUCGGUGUCUGCUCAGGGGGCAGACUCUACCUUCUUACCUGACAUAAUUCAAAGAUUAACUAAAGUUGACUUCAGUAAACUGGGCGAAAAUGGUGUACCAGUUGACUACUUUCACGAAACAAUGUCAAAAUCCUUCUUAUUGUCCUCUGACAUGGCCCAUGGUGUUCACCCAAAUUAUGGUGAAUUCUACGAGGGCCAAAACAGACCCCAAAUUAACUUGGGACCUGUCAUCAAAAUUAAUGCCAAUCAAAGGUAUGCAACUAAUUCUCCUGGUAUUGUCUUAUUAAAGAAGUGUGCAGCAUUGGUGCAAGUUCCUUUGCAAUUAUUUGUUGUCAGAAAUGACUCACCUUGUGGAUCAACAAUUGGACCUAUUCUUGCGGCAAAGUUGGGUAUCAGGACCUUAGAUUUGGGUAAUCCCCAGUUAUCAAUGCAUUCAAUUAGAGAAACAGGUGGAACGUAUGAUAUUGUUAGAUUAUGCGAUUUAUUUGUCUCUUUCUUUGAAAACUAUACUGAUAUUGAUAGCAAAAUUUUAUGCAAUAUAUAG